CAGGGAAGACCACCCUCCUCCACAAGCUGAAGGACGACCGCGUGGCCACCCUGCAGCCCACGCUGCACCCGCACAGCGAGGAGCUCAUGAUCAAGAACAUCCGCUUUCGCACCUACGACCUCGGAGGCCACGAGACCGCCCGCCGGAUUUGGAAGGACUACUUCGCUUCCAUCGACGGCAUCAUAUUCAUUGUGGAUGCCGCGGACAAGACCCGCUUCCAGGAGGCGAAGGAGGAGCUGAGCGGUCUUCUGGAGGAUCAGGCUCUUGCCAGGGUGCCGUUCGUCGUGUUAGGCAACAAGAUCGACAUCCCGACAGCGGCUUCUGAGGAGGAGCUGCGCUACAGCCUCGGGCUCAUGACGCACAUGACGUACGGCAGGGACCCCAAGAAGAGCCAAGACUCGAACGUGCGCCCGGUCGAGCUCUUCAUGGUCAGCGUCGUGAAGGGGAUGGGCUACGCGGAUGCCUUCCAGUGGCUCUCGGGCUUCCUGAGUUGAGCGCUGCCGCAGCCCCAGGGCAACCAGGACCG